AUGCGGGGAAUGCACUCGGACAAACUCAGUUACGUUCGUCUACUCGAAGACCGGAUAGCAAACCUCGAGACCAAGCUCAGGCAAUCCAAUCCUUCUAUAGCCAGCGAUCAUCUGCAGGACCUAUCGCCAGAGAAUGCAGCCGAUGAGUCCCUCAUUCAGAUAUCUGAACCCCUGGACGGUGUCGGCGAGGGAAGUCCACCAGGCCUAGAUCUACCAUCUCCGGAAGGUCUGAAUGCUGCGAAUGGCUGGCUCAAUGACCCAUUUGAAGAACCCUCCCUCAACACUUUCCAGGAUGUCAGAUUGUCAUUUGGCACUUUUGACGUAGAUCAGUUAGUACAGAACUGGCCCCUCGCCGCAAAGUCUCCUGAGAUUCGUGUGGAAGACAGGGUUACAGAGCUGUGCGAUCCGGUGGACGAUUUUGAAGAGGCAGAGGCCGCCGACCAGAGUGGCUUAUACUUGGACAUGAUGUCGGAACAGUUAUCGAAGUCAUACACAUCUCAAGCAGUGGCAAGUCGCUACGUGGGCGAGUACUUCACCAGCGCCCAUCCAAUGUGGCCGUUCCUCCACCAGAGGCAAUGGAACAGCUGGUGGAAGGGUUGGACCGGGGCGAUGGGCAACGAGACUACACUGGGGUGGAGAGCUUUCUUCGUUGACAUGGUCCUCUCUAUUGGUGCGCUGCUCGCGAAUAGCUCCGACCCGUCUUUCGAUCACAUGAACGUAUCAAAGUCUGCCUAUCAACGUGCGAUGGGGAAAUACCCCAGUCUUAGCACCCAGGGUGAAUCGGCAGCUCUCAAGACCCAGUCAUCUCUACUGCUCACGGUUCAUGCAAUGCAUCUCGACUCGGUUGGUGAGCUCUUUCAACGAGCCUCCGAGGCUAUUAGAAAUUGCGCUCUGUCAAAGAAGGCGAAUAGGGUGUCAAAAACAGCUGGACGAGGCAGCGACAUGGAAGAAAUCAUCCACAAGAUGACCUUACGCACAUGCGUUGUCAUUGACAUUUUGCUGUCUAAUUCGAUGGACCACAAGGUUUGCUUCGACAAUGAUGAUAUGCAGGAUGAAGCGCUAAUGGACAUUGCUCAGAACCUAGAGGAGUAUGAGAAUUCGAGCAUCAGCUCCGAGGAAGCCCAAUCAAUGUUCUUUUACAACAAUGUAUCGCCCUCACCCCUCGAUGUUGCUUUGGAGGAGCACAUGUUUUGGCUCCGUCGAAUUCAGUACCGCAUAUUACGGAUUACCAAUAAGCUGGAACGAGAGUCAUUGAAGAACGGUAAUCCGACACCGAACUUGUGGAGAUCACGGCCGAAGCACGAUUUGGAGCGAUGGACCCAAGGUAUCGCCGGCCUUCACACUUCACUAGACAGACAAAGGAGGUUCUUGUCAUUAGAGUGGCUGCGUAAGCUCGCGAAUUAUACCGUGAUAUCUCUGUUCCCCAACCCACUACUUGCUGUUCGCAGUGGGGAUUCUCGACACUUAGUUGCGGCUGCUUGCUCCGUUCUAAUCACCUUUCGCCGGUUGAGGGUUAAGGACCAGACAACCUGCCACACUUGGACUGCACUGCUUCACCAAUUUCAGGCUGCGAUAACGGUCAUAUUCUGCCUUUGGGCUACGCCAACUCACCAACAAGCCGAGUUCUACGACCAACGUGCUCUUAGUCAUUCUCUUUUCUCUGGGAUGGCCACUUUGGUAGACUUUUCAACUCGAUGGGAACCUGCGCACGUGUUGCGAAAUGUCUUUGAAUUACUGACAGAGUCACUCCCGAUAAGCGAAUUUGGAAACCCAUUCCAGCAGUGGUCAUUGUCACCAGAUAAUAUAGAUGACCUGGAUCAGAUGAUAGUCGAGCUGGAAGAACUGAAGGCACAGCCAAAGGUGGUAUCCAUGUUGCGUACAAUGAUGCGUGGUCCACGACCGCAGUACACUCCUCCUUCUGUGACGGAAAUUCAGUGGAUUCAGUACGAGCACCAGUACGAUUGCAUGUAA